UGUUUGAGAGAUCGACAGGAAAAGCAGCUUACAGAAACAAAGACCGGCGUUGGAAUCCGGAGAGGAUAAGGCCUUUCGACACAUAUCGAGGUCAGGACACAAGACGCUAGUCUGCCCUGUGUCAUACAAGGAGUUGUGGACAUACAACGGAGUAAAAUCGUCUGACACUACAGUUGUGACAGCUGAGAACUUUAACGAAGCAUAAGGAGAUAUUCUGUGGAAUGUGAAAUACCUUAAAACUCAUACAUUACGUACAAGGGAGGGUACAUCCUGAAAUCGAUGGGAAUGGUUAAAAACAGCUGAAAAGAAAAUAGAGAGUAUAUUCUGCCAGAAAGAUUCGUUGUUCCAUUGUAGAACUCUGAUGUAAAUGUGAUGAUUUACUAUACAGCUGGAGUAAGCGGUAACGAUCAUGAAGAAUUCAUAUAGUGGAAUUAAGAGGAAAAACUCCAUUUUGCAAAGCCUGAAGCAAUGGACGGAUAUAACUGAAUACCUCCCACCACCCGCCAUCCUGUGCAGUUUCCUUGUAUUGGUCUUUAUCCCGUUUGGUCAAGCUAUCAUGUGUUCCCAGUGUGAUAGUCUGACACAUGAAUACUGUGAGUCUGUCCCGCCCAGUCCGACUCCAUGUGCCUUCUGUGAAAUUAAGGACACGGAAACCGGAAAAUGCCUGAACUACACAGAGUACAACUUCUGUAUCACAAUGAAAAAGUAUGUCAACGAGACACUGAUAAGAACAACGCGGUCCUGUAAUCCAAUCAGCAUUGGAGCUGACUGUAGGCCUGCCAUAGACAAGAACAAGCAGCCCGUGAAGAUCUGCUUUGAUAGCUGCAACACAGACGGCUGUAACUUCAGUGACAGGGUGACGUCACACUGGGCUUUGCUUAUGACAUGUGUCGCCGUAACCGUCGUCAUGAUCCAUGGAAAGCGUUUAUUGUGAAAAUGAGGUAUGCUACCAGCCUGGCAACCCAAAUCUAAACGAAGGAGCGAAGGCGUUAUUGAUAAACUGAGAGCAGGUGGACUUCGGUUACAGGAAAAAAAAUGUCGGUAACACAACACCAUCACCGAUAAGAGUGAUAGAUAUAAAAGCGAUUGGACGACAUGGGCAAAAAACUGUUGUUGAUCACCUCUAGUUGGGAACACAUUAUGGUAGACUACAGUGCAGAUCACAUUGUUGAUAGGUAGACUUAAAGCCAAACAGUCUGCAUGGAAGCCUUUCAACAGUUAUAAAAAACACAACUGUGGAGAAUUAAGAUUUUCUCACUCAGUCUGUUUAAAUUUCAAUGCUACGGAAAUGCAGGGUUAAUACAGGCGUACACCAAGAGUUUGAGGUAAUAUCAGUUGAAAACUCAAUUGAUAUUCCUCUGGCCUAAUCAGUCCAGUACCAAGCUGUGUAAAAGCUCACGGGAUAGCAGUUAAACAGCACUGAUUGCGUAUAACAUUCCUGUUGCACGAGCAAAGGCAAACCAAAUACACUGUAUGCGAAUUAUCACGGCGAAGGACGAAAGGUAGAAAUCUUGGACUUUGUUCAGGCGGUAUGUUCAUGUUAUGUUUUAGUGUGCAAAGACGUGUAGUGUUAAUGGCCUAUCAUAUGUUUGUACUUAAUAUAUAUGAAUAUGGUUUAAGGAAUCUGGCCUCUUCUUCCAAUCACAGUACAAUGGCCAACUAACAGUUACAUAUCUACAAUCCAGCUGCAUUAUGAUGAGAAAUUCAGGGAUGAAAGGAAUGUAAAACCUAAUGGGUAACCUGCAUUGCCAAGUCUUCCUCCAGUGAAAAAUGCUCUCUUAUGAUAGCAUACCACUAUCAAGAUAGUUUGGCUUAAGAGAAUCCCUUACUGAAAAAACCCCUUUACUAUGUUUUUAUUUUCAGUAAGCAAUGAAGUUCGCAGCUAAUCGUUUAUUCUGGUCAUUAGGUGAUCGCAAUAGACGUCAAACCGCAAAACAGAUAAUGAUUAAUUACUUCAUGUUAAGUGUGCUAUGUAUUGUUUGUGUUAUAUAUUGAUGUGAACUAGGUUCCUGUAUAACCUGGUCUUGUUUCGAUCAAAUAUCUGCUUUUCAGGGGCAACUGACUAAAAUGGCAAUUUUGAAUGAUGUGAAGACAACAGAUGCCAUACCGUUCUACACUGGGAUUUAAAAUUUGAUAAAUAAAUUUAGGUUAUAUAUUUUCCGAGUGA